UAAUAACAAGCUUAAUAACUAGCUUAUCGCAAAUUAUUCCAUACGAUUUUGUCUUGUGAAUACUUUUAAACUACAGGAUUUACAAUUUGGAUUAGUGACAUUGACCUCAUAGAAUUUAUAUAGCAACGGAUUUAUUAUACAAUUCGACAAGGAAAGAAUAUAUAUCAAGUACUACAACGUAUUUAUUAACACCAUUCGUUCAUUUGGAUUAUAAAUAACAGAAAAAAGGGAAAUCAGUCAAUUUGAUGGAUUUCAACAUAUAUUAUUGUCAAUAUGCUUAAUAGAACAAAAUUGCUUGUGUUACUUUCGCUCUUAAAUACAUUUGUCUUUCUAUACGUGGGCCAAAACUAUUUAAUCAGGUUCAAGAUGCAACCAAAGGCGGGUAUACUCGAACUUAGACCAAAUACAAUAGCCACUGUACCUGAAUUAAGGCUGGAUAGUGCAACGACCAAUUCUCCUACACUUUACAAGAAAACAACAACCAGUAUGAUCAGUACGCAUACGCUUUAUAAGAAUACAACUACCAGUGUACCCAAACUUAAACUAAAUACAACUACCAGUACUCAAAAACUUAAGCAGAAUGCUACAGUCAGUAUUCCCAAACUUAAGCUGAAUACAAGGACCAGCACUCCAAAACUUUACGAAAAUAUAACAACCAGUAUACCCAAACUUAGGCUGAAUACAACUACAAAUACUCAAAAACUUAAGCAGAAUGCAACAGUCGGUAUACCCAAACUUAAGGUGAAUACAACGAUAAGUAUACUUAAACUUUACCAAAAUACAACAACCAGUAUACCCAAACUUAGGCUGAAUACAACUACAAAUACUCAAAAACUUAAGCAAAAUGCAACAGUCGGUAUACCCAAACUUAAGGCGAAUACAACGAUAAGUAUACUUAAACUUUACCAAAAUACAACAACCAGUAUACCCAAACUUAGGCUGAAUACAGUUACAAGUAUACCCAAACUUGAAUUGAAGCCAGUAACCAGUACACCCAAGCUGAAUACAACUCAGAUUUGUCCAGAAGUCACAAAAUACUUAGUUGGACUGCAGAAUGUGUCAAAGUUAUUAAGCUCAAUAUCCAUGGAAAAACAUAUUCCUUACGAUGUACAAAACGGCGGACUGAGUUUCCCACAUGUUUGCAAAGCCCGUCAGAAGGUGGCGAUAAUCGUACCUUACAGAAACCGCCCUGCACAACUGGAUAUAUUUCUGAGAUUCAUGCAUAAUUUUCUGAGGAGGCAGCUGUUAGAAUAUAGGAUCAUUAUAGUUGACCAAGUCGAUGACACACCAUUCAACAGGGGAAUGUUGUUGAAUAUAGGUGCUAUAGAGGCUGCGAAACUUUACAAGUUUGACUGUCUCAUUUUCCAUGAUGUUGACUUACUCCCGGAGAAUGACUACAAUAGUUACACGUGUGUCAACAAUGCGGCUCUCCAUCUUUCAGUGCUUGUUAAUAAACAUGGCUACAGAUUGCUGUAUGAUAAUAUAUUUGGUGGAGUGAUGGCCAUUCAACCUGAAAACUUUGUCAAGAUUAACGGCUUUUCAAACCUCUUUUUUGGUUGGGGUGGAGAGGAUGACGAUAUGUACAAAAGAAUCAAAGUCUCCAAAUUAAAGGCAGGCCAUGCUCAUCGAUGGAAUAGAGGAAUUCCACGAUAUACAAUGCUUGGUCAUUCUCGAUCUAAAAUACGUAAUAUGGCAAGGUGGAAGCUUUUAAAAAAUUCAAAAGUUCGGCACCAUUGUGAUGGUCUCAACUCACUCACGUACAGAUUAAACAAAGUUGAAUUAAAGCCACUCUAUACAAGCGUUUCUAUCAGUAUGGAUCUAGAUUUCCUGAACUCGACAUUGUUUACGAAAUGUAACAUGACAACUUUCUACGAGGAAAUCAAAUUUGUCGAGGAAAUAAAAAGACUACAACGAUUAGGAAACCCCUCUGGGAAUGACACACUAGACAAAAAUAUAUAAAAACAUCUGGAAAAAUAUAUAUUGCUGAAAGUGAAAAAUGUUCAAUAUAUCAACUAAAAUCUUGUAUUAGUAUCAUCACUAAAAUGUAUGCAACACUGGUAGGAUAGUUAAUUAAUAAAUAACUGUUCGCAUGGAUAGUUGUAAAACAUACGGGAUUCACUGUAUUGCAGGUAAUCCAAUAAGACACUUUUCUUAAACAAUUCACGCGUUCCUGCCAUCUAUACGAGAACGAGUCAUCCAUCCACUACCACUUCUAAAAUAUCACAUGAUUUUAUAAUGUGUAACAAUGUCAUAUUUUAUUUUUGAACACAAUUAGUUUGAGAAAUCGUGGUAUUUACUUUGCAGAGACCACUGUUGCAUUUAAAUGAUUUUAUUUUCAUGACAUUAACUAGAACCAUUAUCUGCUGUAAAUGGUCUUAAUGGCUUACUAAAUCGCCC